AUGAGACGCAAAGAGGUUGUGACCGACGAUGAAACGGAGAGCGGGGAAAGUGUCGAGGAAGAGGUUACCGGGAGCGAUGAAUCUAUACCGGCGAACUCCAAAAAGGAUCAACUCUUCGGCAUACCCAAUUUCGAAUUCUCUUACAAACGACUACCCAAGAAAUGCAUCAAAUUCUCGUUCCUCUGCGUAAACGGUGCAACGUUCUUUUCAGGUAUAACAGCCUUCAUUAUAUCGAUAUGGAUGCUGGCUGACACAAAAUUAAUGUCCAGACUUGUCGGUCAGCGACUUUUUGUAACGAUACUACUUUUCGUCGGUCUGUUGACGGCCGGUAUUUCUUUCCUGGGUAUUCUGUCGAUAGUAAAGAAAAGGAGAAGAUUUUUGACCAUCGUGAGUCUUAUGAUUAUCUAUAGAUUGUCUGGAGUUUGCGAUUAUUUCCGUUGCACAAUUUGCUAAUGAAUCAUAUGUAAUUACAGUACAUAUCGUGUCAAGUGAUAUCUUUGUGCGUUAUCUUCGUUUGCGCGGUGAUGAGCUUUUCAUUCUUUGAUAAAAUCAUGAGAAAGCUACGCGAAGAUAUGGUUAACACGAUAGUCAACUACCAUUCUUUAGAUUGGGUUACCGAAGCCUGGGACAACACUCACAGAUACGUAAGGGAUUCGUGCAACAAAAAGUCCAUUGAUGCGUUGCUCGGAAAUACGAAAAAUUCAACAAAAUUCUUGCAAAAUUCCAUCAGGGAAUAUGUAUUCCUCUUUUUCUAUGUCUGUUUCACGUUGAGAAAAAUUCUGGAUUUUCCGUCGGAAAGAUCAGGAAAGAGUUGAUGAAUUUUUUUGUUUCUUUUUUUUAAUCUUCCAGCCAAGUGCUAAUAUUGGACUAAAAUAGACAAUAGCACGAUUUUAAUGACUCCCAAUUCUGUGUUGAACCACUAACAGCUGCUAUGCUGCGGAAUCAGAUCGUAUCGAGACUGGGCUCGCUAUAACAUGAAAAUUCCUCAGAGCUGUUGCUCCUCCUCCAUUGACAAGGUAGAAUAAUUUCGAAUUUACACGCGAAAAAUUAUCGUCGAACUGCAAUUAAUGCGGUAAAAAUAUUCCAGUGCCUUAUCAUGACCGAAGAUUUGGCUUACAAGUCCGGCUGUUUGAAACGCACACUUAUUCUACUCAAAUCGAAUGUCCAUACGGUCGCUGUGUCCGCGCUGUUCAUCUCGAUCGCACUGGCAAGUAUACAAUGUAAAAAAUUUGCAAAGUAGAGAAAAAGAACUUACCGUCGAAAUGUUGGUUCGCUAAUUCAGUCACGCGUCAAACUUUUUCACCAGUCAUUUGGUUAUUAUUGGUAUUUGCAACAGGCAGCGGGUGUCUUUCUGGCCGUUGGUGUGUGCAAAAGAUUCAAGCUAAACAGAUCGCCGGCUGUCUGACGUUCUUUGUAAGCUGUAAUUAUAUUUGCAGAGGUGCGAUUGACUUGUAUGUUAAAAUCAGAAGUGAAAAUGCAAAUAAUGUAAAACGUUAUGUAUUUAUUAUCAUAUAUAGAUCAUAUAUUUUCUGAAAACACUUAAUAUAUCAUACUUAUAAUAAUAUAUCGUAAGUAUAUCAUUGGACAUGCUGGUUGGGUCGUGACACUGCGUCUGCCUAUCGGCAGUGGCUAGUGCGUAUAUGUAUAUACACAUCGGUAUGUAUGCAUACAAGGUUCGAAAUGGAACGUAAAAUCUUUCAACGUAUAUUAUAAUAAUAAUAAUAUACUCGUGCGUGAUGCCUAAAACUUAUAUACGAAUAUAUGAGAAAGAUAUAUUACGAAUUACUAUUUCUCUCUCUAUCUCUCUCUCUCUCUCUCUCAAUUUUGACUUUGACGUAACUAUUUUUUCUUCUCUUCUCUUUGUUAUUUUAUUAAUUUUUUUUUUACUACCGAACUGCAGACGGGCUAAAUUAUGCUGCUGAAUUGCCAUCGAUCUUCGGAAAGUGCCUGUGUUAUAAUUAUGCAAUGGGUGAAUGAAAAUUGUGUGUAUAAAUAAUGAAUUCGGUCGCGUAAAACGUAUUCGAUUUUCGCGUAGCUGCUUCUCUACAUGGUAUAUAUAUAUAUAUCAAUUACGUGUAUUCUGUACAUACACAACGUGAAUUAGUACAGGUAUAUGUAUAUAUAUAUAUAUAUAUAUAUAUUGACAUAUCGGUAAAUUUAAUUAUUUACGUAUAAUCAUUUAUUUUUAUAGUAUAAACUCAUACGGAUUUAAUGUAUUAUAGGUAUAUGUAUAGUGUAAUUGUGAAGGACACAGGGCUGGGCGCAGAUCAGGCAGAUACCAUUCAGUUACAGAUAUAUUAUAUCAUAGCAAACAUCGUGACUAUUUACAAUAAAUACAGUUUCGUUAGAUUAUAUAUA